UUGCACGACCUCGUUCCACAUCAUCAUCAUCAUGGGCUGCGCGUCGUCAUCUACACAGCAUCAAGCGUACACCCCACCCACACAUACCCUCAAGCAGACGCCGGAACGCGCGAAAUCCGUCCGCCAAGACGAGUCCGCCACGUCCGGCGUCAUGUUGCACGCGUCCAUGUACCCCGACCUGGCACCUUACUUUGGCGAGUACUUCAUCGACGGCGACGAUUUGCGCAUGGUGCGGCAGAUUCCUGCGUCGUACAUGCGGACCGAGAUGGGCAACUUGAACGGCGCGUCCGUGCUGGUCAAGUCCAUGGACGCGAGUGCGUCCGCGGCGGACAAGACCAAGUCCCACAAGGCGCUGGUGUCGGAGAUCUCGUCGCUCGCGCGCAUCGCGCAUCCCAACAUUGUCGGGUUUGUGGGCUUCUCCAUCAAUACGACCUCCAAGGGACUCGUGUGCGUUUCCGAGUUUAUGGAAGGCGGCACACUGCGCACGCUACUCGAUAACCCGCGGCAGUUUGGUCGACUCACAUGGCCUGCCGACAAGAUCAACAUCGCGCUCGACAUUUGUUCCGCGCUCGUGUACAUGCACAGCUUGAAGCCGCGCCUCAUCCACCGCAAUGUCAAGGCGAGCAAGGUCCUUCUCAACAAGAACCGCUCCGUGGCCAAGCUGAGCGGGUUUGGCGGGUCCAGGAAUCGCGCGUUCGACCAGGAUAUGACCAACAACAUCGGCGACAUCCAGUGGAGCGCUCCGGAGCUCAUCAUGGAGGACGAGGACUACACGGAGAAGGUCGACGUGUACUCGUUCGGGAUGCUGCUCACGGAACUGGACACGGGACUCAUCCCGUUCGCCGACGUCAAGGACUCCAUGCCCACCACGGCGUUCACCAACAAGAUCGUGUCCGGCGCGCUGCGACCGCAGCUCAGUCCCGACUGUCCCGCGGAGAUUGCCAAUGUUGUCAAGCACUGCCUCCAGCAAGAUCCGCACAUUCGUCCGAGCAGCGACCGCGUCCUGCAGAUGCUUCUCGCGGCCAAAGCCGAGUUGGUCGCCACCCCGCCGCCGACUGUCGUAUGAUAGAUUAGUAAUACUAACGUUAUUGGAUACUAGUAGUAAGUACGCCGUACUUUACUGCACGGUGGUGGUGGCACCACAGGAUGCCACGUCAUAGUCGUAGGAUCGUCGAGAAUAACCGGAUAACAUCCGGUCGAGAGUAUCCGGAGAACAAGUAUAGGUUAAAUAGAAAAACGUAGGGCAAAAGAUUUGGC